AUGUAUCCCUCUCCACUAGAACCCUAUCGCUCUGCGCGUCUCAUCUACCGCGCACCAGAAGAAAAUGCAACAGACGAUGCAUUCUUCCAUGCACUCUACUCCGACCCCUCAAUCGGGUUCAUGGCCUCACCCGCCCUGUUACAUCCACUCAGUACCAAGGUGAAGAAGGAGAUGCGAGCGGAUGCCGAAACUAAAAUGUUCAUGGGAGUCAUGAUCUGCAUCAUCCCAGAUGACCCCGCUCAGGAGCCCGAGACAAUCGGUAUGAUCUGGUUGAAGAAGCAACCGAUUCAUCUCAUGCAUAAUCGCACAUACGAGUUCGGGAUUGCAAUUGCGGACCAGUAUCAGGAUAAAGGGUAUGGGUCUGAGGCGAUAUCUUGGAUGUUGGAUUGGUCGUUUUUGACGGCGGGCCUACAUCGCGUGGAGCUGACGGUCUAUGAGUGGAAUGAGAGGGCACAGAGGACGUAUGAAAAACUUGGCUUUGUUAAGGAGGGACGUAGAAGGGAGUGUUUGUGGAGGGAUGGGAGGUGGUGGGAUUGUAUUCAUAUGGGUAUUUUGGCGCAUGAGUGGAAGGCAAAGAAGGAGAAUCUUGCCUAG